AUGGCGGAAAUCUCUAUGGCAGAUCUCGAGUUGGCCAAUCGCCUCAAAGAGGCACAUGGCAUCCUGGCCUCUAUCGCGUGGGCGACAGUCAUGCCUCUCGGUGCCGUCCUGAUACGUGUGAUUCCUUCAAGCAAAGCAUGGCUCAUCCAUGGCGCCGUGAUGGGCUUUGGUCUGGCACUGUUCACAUCUGCAUUUGGCCUGGGCAUACGGGAUAUCUUGAUCUACCAUUCGACAGUGAGUAGAGCGUGA